AUGACCAUAUGCCCUGGCGAUUCGUACAGACUGUCCUCGUUCCGUUCGGAAAUCGGCCCGUCGAUGACCACACGCUACUCGCUGGGCCUUAUGGACGUGGAUGUGCACCGUGAUGCGGCGCACCGUCCCUUUUACGACUCACGCGGACAGGCAAAGCUGUACAAUAUCCCCUACAACCUAAGCACGAAUGAUACGGUGCUCGGCCGCCUGGACACGGCCGUGCCUAUGUACCCCGUUCCCGAGCCUUCGUUAAUCCCGAAUACGUCUACGGUGGAACUGAUCCGCCUCUUUCCCCUGUGCAUUGGAACAGUGGCACUAAUCUAUUUUGCACUCGCGCGCCUCUUUGGGCGCGCACAGCACCGAAACACGUCCUUGCCACUCUCUGCACGGGACGCCCCAAGCGAUUUGGACGUGUGUGAGCAGCGCUAUCUGGCCUACAAACGAAGCACAGAGCGCGCGCUCGCCUAUCUGAAGCCGCAUGCCACGCGUGCACUGCGCGGUGCGCAGCGUGCGGUGCGCCGCGCCGUGCGGCAGGUCCCGGCACGGGUUUCCCUUUUUCUCUCUCUCGCUGAGCGCGUGCGGGACGCGCUGCGGUAA